UUGGCUGACCAACACCCUCUCUCUCUCUCUCUCUCUCUCUCUCUAUCAGAACACAAAACUCUACAAUGUUGUUGCAUAAACACAACUGACCAACCAUGGCUACAGUGUCUAUGUCCCUGGUCUUUCAAAACCCACUUAUUUCACCAUACCAUUCUAAAACUAGGCCACUUCCUCGCAACCAAUCUAAUUGCUUUCAAGCUCCAACCAGUACCAGAACCAAACCCACUUCUUCUUUUUCAAGCAUCCGAGCUCAAUCUGGUACGGCUGCUCGCAAGGAGGAUAUUGUCAUAGUUGGCGCUGGAAUUGCUGGUCUUGCCACUGCACUCUCUCUUCACAGGCUUGGAGUUGGGUCCUUAGUGCUUGAGCAAGCAGAAUCACUUCGUACUGGUGGAACUUCACUCACCCUUUUCAAAAAUGGGUGGCGAGUUUUGGAUGCAAUUGGAGUUGGAAAUGAUCUCAGAACCCAAUUUCUUGAAAUUCAAGGGAUGGUGGUAAAGACAGAAGAUGGAAGGGAGCUACGCUCCUUCAAGUUCAAAGAUGAAGAUGAAAGCCAAGAGGUGCGUCCUGUGGAGAGGGGAAUACUGCUGGAGACUCUUGCCAAUCAACUGCCAGAGGGCGCAGUUCGGUUCUCUUCAAAGCUGGCGAAGAUUCAAAAAACUGAAAAUGGAGAAACUUUGUUGGACCUAGUAGAUGGUACUCAGCUAUCUGCAAAGAUUGUAAUCGGAUGUGAUGGGAUUCGGUCUCCUAUAGCUAAGUGGCUGGGUUUUCCUGAGCCCAAGUAUGUUGGUCAUUGUGCUUUUCGUGGCCUUGCAAAUUACCCUGUUGGGCAGCCAUUUGAACCAAAUCUGAAUCAAAUCUAUGGAAGGGGCCAACGUGCAGGAUUUCUUCCUGUUUCUCCAACAAAAGUCUACUGGUUUGUCUGCUUCAACAGACAAUCUCCAGGUCCAAAAAUUACUGAUCCGUCUGUGUUAAAGAAGCAAGCUACAGAACUAGUCAGAGACUGGCCUUCAGACCUAGUGAACAUCAUAGACAAUACCCCGGAUGACUUGAUCAUUCGAACACCACUCGUAGACCGGUGGCUGUGGCCAAACAUCAGCCCUCCAGUUUAAGCAGGAAGGU